AAAUCAAUGGAAAUGGAGUUUGUAGUCAUUGUUCUUGGUCUGUGCUUAUCUUGUGCACUUAUCCAAGCCACUUUCUCAGUUUUUAGGGUCGGAAAACCCAAGAACCUACCUCCCGGUCCGACGCCGCUGCCGAUCAUCGGAAGCCUCCAUUUGCUCGGUGACCAACCACAUCAGUCCCUAGCCAACCUAGCCAAAACCCAUGGCCCGAUCAUGUUUCUGAAACUUGGUCGCAUCACCACGCUAGUCAUCUCCUCCGCCGCUGCCGCCAAACAGGUCCUUCAAAAACAAGACCUCGCUUUCUCCAACCGUCACAUCCCCGACGCUCUCACCGCCCAUAAUCACUCCCACGACUCCGUCGUCUGGCUCCCCGUCGGCACCCGUUGGCGGACCCUCCGCAAGAUCUUCAACUCCAACAUCUUCUCCACCAACUCCCUUGAUGCCAACCAGCAUUUACGGAGCCAGAAGGUGCAGGAGCUUGUGGCGUACUGUAGGAGAGCCAGCCAGUGCAAUGAUCCGGUGGACAUCGGUCGAGCUGCUUUCAGAACCACCUUGAAUCUGCUAUCGAACACCAUUUUCUCCAAGGAUUUAACAGACCCAUAUGAGGAUUCGGGUAAGGAGUUUAGGGAGCUAAUUGGAAACGUGAUGGUGGAGGCAGGGAAGCCAAAUCUGGUGGACUUUUUCCCCGUGUUGAAGAAGAUCGAUCCGCAAGGGAUCAGGAGGAGAAUGACUCGUCAUUUUGGCAAGCUUUUACAGAUCUUCGAGGAGUUGAUUCAAGAGAGAUUGGCGUUGAAAAGUUUGAAGCACGACGAUGUAUUGGACGUGUGUUUGAAAAUCAAUCGAGACAACCCCGAUGAGAUCGAUCAGACGCACCUCAAGGGCAUGUUUUUGGAUUUGUUUGUUGCCGGCACUGAUACAACUUCAAACUCGUUAGAAUGGGCAAUGACAGAAGUACUACGCAACCCACACACCAUGACCAAAGCCAAAGAGGAACUUGAACAAGUAAUUGGUAAAGGUAAAAUUAUAGAAGAAGCGGACAUCAUGAGGCUGCCGUACUUAUCGUGCAUUGUAAAAGAAACCCUAAGGAUUCACCCUCCAGUCCCCUUUCUGAUCCCUCGAAAAAUCGAGCACGAAGUCGAACUCAACGGCUACACUGUCCCCCGAGACACACAGGUUCUUGUCAAUGUAUGGGCCAUAGGACGAGACCCUACCCUUUGGGAAGACGCAUUAGAUUUCAAGCCAGAAAGGUUCAUGACCUCAGGGUGUGAUGUUCGAGGUCAACAUUUCGAGCUACUCCCGUUUGGUGCUGGAAGAAGAAUUUGUCCCGGUUUACCACUUGCAGUCCGUAUGCUCCCGGUAAUGUUGGGAUCAUUACUUAAUAACUUUGAUUGGAGUCUUGAUGCUGGAAUUAGCCCUAAAGAAUUAGAUAUGACGGAGAAGUUUGGGAUCGCCUUGCAAAAGGCUGACCCUCUUUGUGCUGUUCCAAAGUUGUUGAAUUAGCGUUUAUCCAUAUACUUCGAUUUCUCUUCAUAUCUAAUAUACCUCAUAAUUAUGUUAGAAU